AUGCCAGCUGCAACCUCUCAUUCCAUCACCUCGACUAGAAGCCCUUCGGGACCUGCGCUGGCCGUGAAGCGCGUCUCUAAGAUGUCGUCGGAACUCUAUCUCAUUUCCGAGAAUGAUGUGGUUUAUGAGCAAGAGCUGCUACGCAAUCCAGGCAGUAUCAAGCCAUGGUUGGACUACGUGGCCUACAAGAAACAGCAUGGAAGUUUGAUAGAGCGGGCCUUCGUACUCGAACGGGCUUGCACUACACUUCCUCGGUCGUAUAAGCUGUGGAAGAUGUACCUGGAGCUCCGGACAAGACACCUGGAAGGCAAAAAUCCAGCGAAGUUCAUGCCUCAGUAUGCCAAGGUCAAUUCGUUGUUCGAGCGCGCGCUGGUCCUGCUCAAUAAGAUGCCAAGAAUAUGGGAGAUGUACCUCACAUUCUUAAUGCAGCAACCUAUCAUUACAUCAACGCGAAGGACGUUUGACCGUGCACUACGAGCACUACCUAUCACUCAGCACAGCCGCAUAUGGGCGUUGUACCGGCCUUUCGCGAACUCCGCGUCCGGGGAGACGGCGGUCAAGAUAUGGCGACGGUACAUUCAGAUACACCCGGAACACACGGAAGACUAUAUUGAGCUUCUGGUUGACAUGCACAAAUAUACAGAAGCUGUUAGAAAAUAUAUGGACAUCCUGAACAACCCCCGAUUCAAGAGCAAGGAAGCGAAAGGUCCUUUCCAAUUCUGGACAGAGAUGCUGGAACUCAUCAUCGAUCAUGCAAAGGAGAUCGAAACAGGAGACGGCAGCGGUAUCAACGUCGAAAAAAUUAUCAGAAGUGGGAUUCUCAAGUUUUCCGACCAAAGGGGUAUUCUUUGGGUCGGCCUGGCACGGUACUGGAUCAACAAGGGCGAAUAUGAACGCGCGCGCGAUAUAUUCGAGGAAGGUAUUACGACUGUCAUGACUGUACGAGACUUUUCUAUCAUCUUCGAUACCUACGCGGAAGCUGAAGAAGCUUUAAUCGGUAUCAAAAUGGACGAGGCUGCCGUACGAUCAGACAAAGGCAGAAUAAACGAGGAUGCCGACCUCGAUUUGGACAUUCGCAUGAUGCGUUUUGAACAAUUAAUGGAUCGACGCCCAUUUCUUGUGAAUGACGUUCUCUUGCGACAGAACCCAAAUAACGUGCCGGAAUGGGAGAAACGCGUUGCGUUGUGGGGUGAUAACAAGAAAGAGGUAGUGCAGACUUACACCAAUGCCAUUGCGGUCAUCAAUCCGAAGAAGGCCGUGGGAAAGUACCAUGACUUAUGGGCUAAUUAUGCUAAAUUCUAUGAAUCCGGAGGAGAUCUAUCAAAUGCCCGAGUCAUUAUGGAAAAGGCUGUCAAGGUGCCUUACAAGUCUGUUGCUGAACUCGCAGAGAUGUGGUGCGAGUGGGCUGAAAUGGAACUACGCAACGAAAAUUUCGACAAAGCUAUGGAAAUCAUGGCAAAAGCUACACAAGCACCCAAGCGCUCCAAUGUUGAUUACUUCGACGAAACGCUGUCCCCACAGCAGCGUGUGCACAAGAGCUGGAAACUCUGGUCCUUUUAUGUCGACCUUGUUGAGAGUGUCAGCACCCUUGAAGAAACCAAGAAAGUCUAUGAACGAAUAUUCGAACUCCGGAUAGCUACGCCUCAAACCGUUGUCAAUUACGCUAAUCUACUCGAAGAAAAUCAGUACUUUGAAGACUCGUUCAAGAUCUAUGAGCGCGGUCUAGACCUGUUCAGCUACCCUGUCGCUUUCGAACUAUGGAAUCUUUACCUUACCAAGGCUGUCGACCGCAAGAUCAGCAUGGAGCGUCUCCGAGACCUGUUUGAACAAGCUGUAGAAGACUGCCCCCCGAAGUUCGCUCGUGUCCUGUAUCUCAUGUAUGGCGCUCUCGAAGAAGAACGUGGCCUCGCCCGACACGCCAUGCGCAUCUACGAACGUGCCACCCGUGCCGUCUCGGACGAAGACAAGCUUGAGAUGUUCAACUUCUACAUUACUAAGUCGGCGUCCAACUUCGGCCUCACGUCAACACGACCCAUCUAUGAGCGUGCUAUCGCCGCACUACCUGACUCCGAAGCCAAAGACAUGUGCCUCAAAUUUGCCGAAAUGGAGAGGCGGCUGGGUGAAAUCGAUCGCGCAAGAGCAAUUUAUGGCCACGCUAGUCAAUUUUGUGAUCCGCGUACUGAACCUGGCUUUUGGAAGACCUGGGAGAGCUUCGAGGUGCAGCACGGCAACGAAGACACGUUCAAGGAGAUGCUUCGCAUCAAACGUAGCGUACAGGCUCAGUACAACACUGAUGUUUCAUUCAUCGCCUCGCAAGCAAUCGCACGUGGCCAGGCACAGCCCGACACCAAUGGUGACGCGGACACAAAUGACCGCCUCGAUGCUAUGGCUGCUCUCGACAGACAAGCCCGCGCACCGGUAGGCUUCGUCGCCGCAAGCACCGGGCCAGAAGGCAGCCAAAUCAACAAGCCCGCGUCCGCGACUAUCGAUCAAGCUGUCCCGGCAAACCCCGACGCCAUCGACAUGGACGACGAUCUCUGA